CAGCUUUGAGGAUACACAGACAGAGGAAUACAUCUUAAAAAUUGCACUGCAACAUCCACAGAAACUUCAGAAGCAAAGAGAGAGAGAUGGCCAUUCCUAUCCUGCUGCAGAGGACUGCAGUCCUGCUCCUCUCACUGGCAGUGACCACACCCGCAGUUCAUCUGUCAGGUAACCUUGCCUUGGACGCUCCGUCUGUCCUAUCGUCCACCUACGGUGGCAUGCCGGAUCAUGCAGUCGAUGGAAGGAAAGAUGGCAUGUUCAACGCAGGCUCCUGCACCCACACUGAAACUGAGACCAAUCCCUGGUGGCGUGUCGACCUAUCCCGCCCCUACAACAUCACCAGGGUAACCAUUACUAACCGCGGGGACUGCUGCGAACAGCGCAUCAAUGGAGCGCAAAUACGUAUUGGCCACAGCCUACAAAACAACGGCAACGAUAACACCCUCGCUGUUGUAAUCCAGUCCAUCAGAAGAGGUGAGACUAAGUCAUUCCGGUUCAACUCUGUGGAAGGCCAAUAUGUCAACAUCUUCCUGCCUGGCAAAGAAAAAAUACUGACACUGUGUGAAGUGGACGUGUUUGCUGGUGAUGAAGAGAACAUUGCUCUGCAGCGUCAGGCUACCCAGUCAUCCAUAUACAGUGCCUCUGGUUUCUCUAAGUAUGGCGUGGAUGGAGACAGGAAUCCCAAUUACCAUGAAAAAGGCUGUGCUCACACCUAUCAACAGAACAACCCUUGGUUCAGAGUGGAUCUCCUUGCGAGAUACGAAAUCACCAGGGUAACUAUCACCAACCGGAGGGAUUGUUGUGCAGACCGUAUCCAAGGAGCUGAAAUCCGAAUUGGUGACAGCCUGGACAACAAUGGCAACACCAACACACGGGCUGCGGUAAUUCAAUCCAUUCCAGCAGGAGCAUCAAAGACAUUUGACUUCAAACCAAUUAGGGGGCGCUAUGUGAAUGUGGUCAUACCUGGAAACCUGAAGGUGCUCACACUCUGUGAAGUGGAGGUGUAUGCCGUAGUUGAAAUUAAUAUUGCCCCAAGAGGAAGAGCGACCCAGUCCAGCCUGGUUCUAGGAGAGAUGUCCAGUUUUGGUCACGCUCUGAAUGCCAUUGACGGAAACCCCAACCCAGAUCAGCGCAAGGGCACCUGCUCGAUGACGGACCGCGAGACUGACCCCUGGUGGCGGGUGGACCUGCACGAGAAAUACAGGGUCUCAGCUGUGGCCCUGACCAACCCAAAGAGCGGCUCACCUAAAGGCCUGAAUGGUGUCCACAUUCGCAUCGGAGAUUCAACCAACCCUAAGGAAAAUCCCCUGUGUGCAAAAGUGACAUUUGUGCCCCUUGGCGAAACAAUGCGGUUUGAAUGCACAGAGGCCAUGGAGGGGCAGUAUGUGACUGUGAUCCUACUGGGGCAAGAGAGAUCCCUCAGCCUGUGUGAAGUGGAAGUCUUUGGGUCUCCAGUAAGCACUUAUCAAAGUAGCACAAACACAUAAAUAUGAUUUUUGAAUACUUUGAAGAAAAGAUUUUAGACAAGUUGAGGGAGUAGCCAUAACAUUAAGGUUCAGUUUACUUCAAACACAAUAAUGAGAGUAACAUUUUCUAUGAAGAUCAUUGCAAUAAUGAUUUAUGCAUACAUUCAUAACACAAUGUAAUCAUUUACAAUAACACAAUGUAAUCAUUUACAAACAAACAUGAGACUCUAUAGCCUAGACUCUAUAUAGCCUUUAUGAUGCAUUAUGACCUAUUGCUUUAAUGUGUUAUCACUAAGUAUACCACAUUUUAUCACCAUGGGCCAUACAAAUCUCAGAUAAUCAUAAUCCAAUAUAACUGACCCUGCCUGACCUUCAUAACUAGGUAACACUUUCUAUGAGCACAGUAUCCAUAAAGAAUUAUAAACAUAUUCAUUAAAUUGUUAUAAAGUAUUCAUAAAGCCUCACCAUUCACCAUCCUCACGUCUGUAUAGCUACAUAAUUAUUGCACUGCUCUUAUAAAGCAUUAUGGUGAUGUUGUAUAAGCCCUUACAGCUUGAAAUAUCACAAUGCACUAUAAAGCUUAUUUUAUGCUGUAUCCACAACGCAUUAUAAACACAUUGCUAUAUGGUUAUAAAAUAUUAAUAAAGCCUCAUAAUGUAUGGCAUAAGUCUAUAUAGCUAUCUAUGCAUAGUCAUGACUGCACUCAUAAAGCGUUAUGCUGUUAUGGCGUAAGCCCUUUCUUGAAGGAACAGAAUAAUGCUUUAUGAACGCAGUCAUUACUAUGUAUAGAUACAGUAGCUAUAUGUCUCUGUCUCUCUAUCACUGUGCUGUGCUGAUGCAUUUUAGCAACAUAUGCUUAAUGAUUUCACAAGAUGGAAUAAUCAUUUUCAAUUUGGCAUAGCAUGCUUUUUUAUGUAAAAAUGCCCAUACCAGUAUAAUAUAUCAUAUAUGAUUGCAGUGUAUAGGACCAAUAAGAAUAAAGAUCAAUGUAAUGAAAA